AUGGCGGACGACAAGGUUAGUGCCGUAAAUUGGGGAGUUAAAAUCUGGGCUUUUAUUCGCAGUUGUAGCACUUGUUUAUUAACGUUAGUUACCUUCAGGUCUGUUCAGUGUAGAUACCAUGACCGUUAUUUUGCUAACGUUAUGUUUUUGCGGAGGAGCUGUCACGCUAGCUUGCUAGCUAGCUAGCUAACUAAACAUUACAUUCGUAUCAGCAACCUGACUUACUGGUCCAUUAGACGACUGCUGCCGUUAUUAUGCUGGGUAUGAUGUCUGUAAGAAUGUAGAAUAGAAACACGAUACUCUACUCAUAAGCCAUAUUUACUGCCUGUAUAAUUUCCAUGAGCUGUCAAACUGUGCUGUGUACCCUAGUCUAGAGUAAUCAAUAGUCCAUCAAGAAAGUAAAACAGUAACGUUAACUACAUUAACACGCAUUGCCGAGGGGCGACCAAAACUAGAAUAGUCCCAGUAAGCAAAAGGACGUUGAAAAUUCGUAUUUUCCAGACGUUGAAGUUAGGUUAAAUUUAGGUUCUGAAUGAAAGGCGAAAAUACGUUUUUUCCGGACGUUGAAAAUAGGUAUUUUCCAGAUGUUAAAAUCAGGUUCAUUUUCGGUUCUGAAUGAAAGUUGAAAAUACGUAAUUUAUAUAUGUAUAUGUUUGGAUCAAAUCUGAACCAAACAUGGACAUCCAUCACAGGAGGCUGCUGAGGGGAGGGAUACCAUUCCCCUGAUUCAGCUCCAGCCAUUACCAUGAGCCGGUCCUCCCCAGUUGAGGUGCUACCAACCAUCUGUGACGUUUAUGUUUGGGCCAAAUCAAGGUUGGUCCAGACCGACGUCUAUGAUUGGUUCAGAUUUGGUCUGGAUCGGACCGAAAAUCAAUGUUCAUGGAUGUUGAAAUCAAGGCCGGUCAGGACCACACCAAAACUGAAUCAAACAUAGAGGUCUAUGUUUGGGCCAAAUCAAGGCUGAGCCAGACCAAAUAAAACCUGAACCAAACAGACGUCAAGGCUGGUCCGGACUGCACAAAAAAAAGACGUUUGCAUUGGUCCGUGCUUACUGGGGUGUAGCAUACCAUGCCAGCCUGCAAUUUAGCCCCAAUUUCGAUCUUGUCUCAUCGCUGCAACUCCCCAACGGGCUCGGGAGGCAAAGGUCGAGUCAUGCAUCCUCCAGAAACAUAACCCGUCAAACCGCGCUUCUUAACACCCGCCGCAGGAAACACAUUCACCCGCAACAAGGAGUCGCUACAGCGCGAUUAGCCCAAAAAAACUGCUUAACCCAGACGACGCUGGGCCAAUUGUGCGCUGCCAUGUGUAACUCUCGAUCACGAACCGGGGUCUGUAAUGACGCCUCUAGCACUGUGAUGCAGUGCCUUAGACCGCUGCGCCACUUGGAGCCCCAAUGGAAUUUUAUGAAUGCCCAUCUAUCCAUGUGUUAGGCCUACCGUUUGUAUAACAGGCAGUUGCAUUGGCUUUAUUAGUCCUGAUUCCUGUGACUAAUCAAUUUGGCUAUUUAAGCUCUGAAUAUCAGCUCCCAACUUUAUCAGGAGUUAUGCUGAGCCUAUUUGCAAAAAGAGUCAAUGUGUUUACACAGCCGAAAUGCAGAAAUAUUUACAUUUUUUUGCUAUGAUCAGCUUAUCAAAAAUAUACGGAUACCAACUUUAAACCAUGACAAUUUAGCCCACGGGGUGAAACUCCUGGACAGCAGUUGUGAGAAUCCUGAAUGUUCAUUCCAUAUUGUCCAUUUUACUUUGACCUGUCCCGUUUUUAGGAUAUGUUGUUUAAAAUGGCAGUGCGUUUGUUUAUUUGAUUGGGCGCCAUUUAGGUUAGGCUAUUUGAUCUGAGAAACCUGCAUGAUGUAAAAAGUCUCCAUCUCAUUACAUUCUCAUACAUUUUAUCUCCAGCCUGUAGGCUACAGAACACACCAUACUCUUUCUACCAUAGGCUGUAUCUGCUACAUGAUUUAUGUUUGAUGAUUUCUUUGACGGAACGUUGGUGGAGCGCCGCAGCGAUGCGUCUCUCCAAUGGCACCCUGGAGAGGCGGGCUGGGAAUAGACAAGUGAAAUAUUUUGCGCCCUUGACUUUGACGAAGUGGGCACUGCUUAUCACAGGCUGAUAAAAGCCCAUAUGCCACUGGUUGACAGACAUUGUCAUUGUUUCUCGGCAGAAUGAUGUGAGUCUUGGUCAGUUUAGCACAGAAAAAGCCGCCCUCGUCGAUCUGCCGCCAAAGGCGGCCGCCUAAUCCUGCCUAAUGGGCGGGCGGGCUGGCCCUGUUUUCUUGUUUUGGGGCACACAUUUUGUACCAAAGAAUUACUUGAUUCUGCUUUAUUCUGUCUCUUAAUAUUGUCAUUAUAGAUUUUUUUCAGUUAUCAGUAGGCACUCAGGAUAUGACCAACCACACAUAUUUAUAGAAGAUUCAUAUAUUAACUAAAAUCAUGUUUGAUAUGUAUCAUGCUUUGGUUGCUGUUGAUAAUUUACCUUUGACGUGUAUUACAACAGGACCCCUUGAGACAGCUGAAGGACCUGGCAGAGCUUAAGGACCAGCUAGAGGACAUUCAGCGGCGUGUGGAGAAGGAAGUACAGGCUGGGAUCCCACAGGUGAGCAGUCAGAUGUCUGACACACACAUGCAGGCCUCAGGCUCACGCAAACAUGACCUCAUACAAACCCUCACUUUUCUGUAGUUGUUAUAGAUCAGGUCUGUUUAUGUGCAGAUGGAGUACACGUUUUCCAUUCAUCUUGUCAAACGGUCAGAUGGGCCUCAGAAGAACAACCCCAUACCUGUUUGUUGUGUGUUUCAAACAUGAGGGUGACUUUUUGUUGUUCCAGGGUGGCAGUGUGCUGGCCUCUCCUUUCCUUAAGGGCUUCUUGGCAGGGUAUAUCGUGUCUAGGCUGCGAUCCUCCGCGGUUUUGGGCGUGAUCCUUGGGACUUGCACAGGCGUCUUUGCAGCUCAAAACUUUGGAGUGCCCAACAUCGAGCAAACCCUGAAAUACUUUUUCAACUCUCUAAAAGGACCCGGCAAAUAG